GGCCGAGGUCCGAGGACCCGGGAGGCAGUUGUUGCCGGCUGGUUCCGUCCCCUUCGCCACAGAAUUCCCGUCGCUGGCCUCCCCGCACCCCGGGUCCUCGGGACACCGGAGAACGGUCCUCCCCGGGUCCGGUUAGCUGGAAAGCGCCCGGUGGCUUGAAUUUCUGACUCAUGGCUGUGGCUGGAGUCUGUAAACAAACCGGCGCUGGAGCGAUCACGUUCUCCCCGGGACCCACCCCUCCCCCUGCGCGCUGGCUUCUCCUCGGGCGGCGGGGGGUGGGUUAGUUCGGGGCGAAGAGACUCCGGUUUUCCUGCGAAGUGACUUGUGACAUGUCCGUGGAGCGGGGAGGAUCCUUGCCGGGCUCGUUUUGUUUCUGGAACUAUGUUUUCCUUCCGUGAAUCCACGAGACCCGUGUUCUCGGAGCCGAGCCUGGCCCUUCCUGCCGCGGGGGAGCAGGGAAGGCUGGCUACAAUAAACAUCAAUCAAGAUGUCCAGAAAAGGGAGCAGCACAGAUGGCAAAACAGACUUAGCUAAUGGAAGCAUGUCUAGCAGUCCAGAGGAGAUGUCUGGUGCUGAAGAGGGGAGGGAGACAUCCUCAGGCAUUGAAAUAGAGGCCUCAGACCUGAGCUUGAGCCUGACGGGGGAUGAUGGUGGCCCCAACCGCACCAGCACAGAAAGUCGAGACACAGAUACAGAGAGCUCAGGUGAAGACAAGGACUCUGACAGCAUGGAGGACACUGGCCAUUACUCCAUCAAUGAUGAAAACCAAGUCCAUGAUCGCUCAGAGGAAGAGGAUGAGGAAGAAGAGGAGGAAGAAGAGCAUCCUCGGCGUCGUGAACAGCGCAAGCGGGCCAACCGUGACCAGGACUCAUCAGAUGAUGAGCGGGCCUUGGAGGACUGGGUGUCCUCGGAGACAUCAGCCCUUCCCCGACCUCGCUGGCAAGCCCUUCCUGCCCUUCGGGAGCGGGAACUGGGUUCAAGUUCCCGCUUUGUAUAUGAGGCUUGUGGGGCAAGAGUCUUUGUGCAGCGUUUCCGCCUGCAGCAUGGGCUUGAGGGCCACACUGGUUGUGUCAAUACCCUGCACUUUAACCAGCGUGGAACUUGGCUGGCCAGUGGCAGUGAUGACCUGAAAGUGGUGGUUUGGGACUGGGUGCGGCGGCAGCCAGUACUGGACUUUGAGAGUGGCCACAAAAGCAAUGUCUUCCAGGCAAAGUUCCUUCCUAACAGUGGUGAUUCUACCCUGGCCAUGUGUGCCCGUGACGGGCAGGUGCGGGUAGCAGAGUUGUCUGCCACACAGUGCUGCAGGAAUACGAAGCGUGUGGCCCAGCAUAAGGGAGCGUCCCACAAGUUGGCCCUGGAACCAGACUCUCCUUGUACGUUUCUAUCUGCAGGUGAAGAUGCAGUUGUCUUCACCAUUGACCUCAGACAAGACCGGCCAGCUUCGAAGCUGGUGGUGACAAAAGAGAAAGAGAAGAAAGUGGGGCUGUAUACAAUCUAUGUAAAUCCUGCCAAUACUCACCAGUUUGCAGUGGGUGGACGAGAUCAGUUUGUAAGGAUUUAUGACCAGAGGAAAAUUAAUGAGAAUGAAAACAAUGGAGUACUCAAGAAAUUCUGUCCUCAUCACCUGGUGAACAGUGAGUCCAAAGCAAACAUCACCUGUCUUGUGUACAGCCACGACGGCACAGAGCUCCUGGCCAGUUACAACGAUGAAGACAUUUAUCUCUUCAACUCCUCUCACAGCGAUGGGGCCCAGUAUGUGAAGAGAUAUAAGGGCCACAGAAAUAACGCCACAGUUAAAGGCGUCAAUUUCUAUGGCCCCAAGAGUGAGUUUGUGGUGAGCGGUAGUGACUGCGGCCAUAUCUUCCUCUGGGAGAAAUCAUCCUGCCAGAUCAUUCAGUUCAUGGAGGGGGACAAGGGAGGCGUGGUAAACUGUCUUGAGCCCCACCCUCACUUGCCUGUGCUGGCAACUAGCGGCCUGGACCAUGAUGUCAAGAUCUGGGCACCCACAGCUGAAGCUUCUACUGAGCUUAUAGGGCUAAAGGAUGUGAUUAAGAAGAACAAGCGGGAACGGGAUGAAGAUAGCCUGCACCACACUGACCUGUUCGAUAGCCACAUGCUCUGGUUCCUCAUGCACCACCUGAGGCAGAGGCGCCAUCACCGGCGCUGGCGAGAUCCUGGGGUCGGGGCCACAGAUGCAGACUCUGACGAGUCUCCCAGUUCCUCAGACACAUCGGACGAGGAGGAGGGCCCUGACCGGGUGCAGUGCAUGCCAUCCUGAGGCCUCGGACCCAGGAGGGCGGGCUGGGCUGCCAACCUGAUCCUGCCUGGGAGCCCUUUCCUGUCCUUACAUUCAGCUGAAACGCACUUUGGACUUUUUGCUUUAGAUAAAAGAAAGAAUCCCAGGAGGACAAACCAGAGAGGAGUGAACCUACAGAGUACCUAGGAGUGGGGUUGAGCCCGGAAAGGGGUUCCAUGGAAAGAUGCAUCGGACUCGGUAGAAGUGGCCUCUCCCCAAAGCCUUUUGGGGGAGUAGGAAAGGGAGCCUUUUUGUUACCUGGUUUGGGAUAAGGAGUGGGGUUUCCUUUUCUUUAAUCUCCCUUGUUUCUUGGGUGGGGGUUUGGGGAUGUAACUGGCUGUUCAGUACCAAGGAGCCAGAGUGGGGUGGUAGAAGUUGCACUCUCUCUUUGGUUUAGGUUUUUGACCUUUUUUUCCUUUAUUGUUAAAAAAAUCUAUGACAGUUAUAUUAUUCCCCACCCGUUCCGCCCCCCCCCCCCCCUCCCCAAGAUCAUGUUUUUCUGGGAAGUCCUUAGAGCCCCUUACCAUCCCACACUCUUCACUUUCCUUUCCACCCAUUCAUCCUCUCUACUUUUCACAGUGUUUUGCACUUGAUUAUGUAUCCUUUACUCUCUUCUCUUCAUCCCAUCACCCCUAAUAUCUGGUGAGGGAGGCUGGUGGGAAGUGGGAAGAGGGGCAGAAGUGGAGGAAGAAUAGGAAGGAUGUUACCUCUUCUGUUACUUUAAAAAAAGUUGUUUGGUGGCAGCAAUCUCCCUGUCCCUAUCACUGUUAGAAGCCUAAUUUUAUAUCUAUUAUAAAUAUAUUAAAAAGCAAGUCAAAUCUGAA